UCGACCAGUGCGCUAUUAACCACUCUUGCUAGACUCAGAACUGACGCUCCUUGGCCAUAGGCUAUUAAAGAGCUGUACUAGACCAGACUCUUCUCAGAGAUCCAUGGUUGCUGUUGUGCGCAAAUUGGUCACGCUAUCUACAAACAAGACAUAUCUAUAGCUGCCUACCCUACAGCUAAUGCUGUGUCUGAGCGAUGUUCGGGGGAUAAGGAUAAAACGAGCAAGCCAGCACUACCGUGACAACCUCAACGCACGGUCGACAGGCUGUAUGUUUCUAGCUAACGGUAGGUUGCACCACUUGGCUAGCAAGCUGUAAAUAUAAUUUGUGGACUACUUUGUUCGACAUAGACUGGUAUCGUUAUGCUACUAUACUUGCUAACCAGCUAGCCCGAAUGCACAGUCAGAUGCGAUGUACACACUGCUGGGCUACAGAGAAGCAAAUCCUGACAUUGGAUCUAGUUAGAUGAUUAUUGCUAGCUAUAGUAGCUACUUUAGCUGCGGAGCUAGCUAAUGUCAACGUUGGGUAUACCGUAGGCACAGCUGGUUUGGUAGCUACCAGGGUGGUACUGUCGCUACAGUUACUCAUUUUGCACUUUAUUGGAUUAAGUUAGAUAGAUUGCCUUGAAUGGCACCUAGUGGAGGACUUGCAUAUCUAUGGAAUGGAGGUGUGCUAGGUACUGUACUCGUAGCACCCAUUAGGAACUGAAAAUUGUCGGAUGCCGGAUACUGUAAUCUAGCUAGCUCUGUAGUUAUACAACACAACACAUAACAUUAGCACGUUAAUUUUGAAUUAGCGAGCCUGACUAUAAUUCCUCUUUUACAUUAGAUCACAUACAUGGUUAAUUGCCUUUGUCCCCCUCGUCCUCUUACAGGUAGCUGAAUAUCGAUUAACAAAUCGGACUGCUGAUUCCAUUAAUUGGGUUUGACACUUGGAGGAGAGUGUUCUCCGAAUGAGAAUGUCUAAAGCUAGUGUGUGAAAGUAUUUUAACUGGACACCCAAUCGGAUCUGGCGGUUAUAUUGGACUGUUUUGUUGACCUCACAGUUGGAACGAUACUUGGGAUAUUUCUUAUAGAAAAUGACAAGCGUAUAGCUUUAAAGAGAAACGCUUUGUAAUUGUUAUUCUGGCAGUGCAAACUCUGCCAAAGCUUCAGCCCAGCUUUAAAUGCUAACAAGCAAGGUUGAGUCAUCAUUAAGCACAGAUGGCCUAACAAAUCAUUUUUUCUCACUACAUCUGAACUGGGAAGUAUUUAGUUCGUUUUUCAGCCAGACGAGGUGUUGGGUUUAUCACCCGGAAUCCUUAUGGGAAGGCUAAGUCGCUGACAGCUUGUGAAUUGAUAGGAUUAAGAUCAUACUGGCUUUACUCGCAAACGGAAGGAGGAACACCUGUCUUACUUAGUCCUCUGAAAUCCAAGUCACUGGGCUCAGCGUGGUUGUUAUGCUUCUUGCCUUUACUUAUCAACGCCGUCCAGCCUCUUUACUCUCCCACUCACAGCCUCUUACUUAUACCAUUGCUUUUUAUUGUCAGCCAGUUGUGCUUUUCAUCAAGUUAAUGGAGUUUUUUUUUUUUUUUUUGCUUCAUUAAAAGAAAAUAUCCAUUGACUGUCUAAAGCAUGCUCUCUAAUGUAACACAUGAGUACUAGAGUAACCAUUUGCUUAGUUGCAUCGUAACUGAGUUAAUGGUCACAUUUAUUUCAUCCAUAUUUCUAGAUCCCUUUGAGCUAAGCAGAAUAGGCUAGAUUAAAAGCAGCUGCUCCUAGCCAAGUCAGUCUCUCAUCUAGCUCCUUUCGUGGCAAUGCUGUGGCUGUGUUGUAACUGUUAUGGCUUUGCAAUGGCAGCCAACUGAGUAAAAAGGGACAGGGGCUUUGCUGGAGGAUUAGACACAGCUCUGGGAGUUGGACUGGACCAAAGGAGCACACACCAUCUCACACAGACGCAUACCAUGCUGCAGGGACAGUAGGCUCCCUGUUUCACUGCCUGCUGUUUGGAGUUUUUUUUUUUUUUUUUUUUUCCUGCAAUCGCAAAGGUUUGGAUGGUUGAGCACAAGGGCCACUUUGAAGGAGCCCGGCGGCGGCUGUGGUUUGGCCGAAGUUGACAGACUGCUUGCCAGCUACUGCUGAUUUAGAACCCUCUGUCCCCUGCCACCUCCUACUCCAGCCCCUCUGCUGCCCUCUCUGUGCAGUGUGCGGGUGGCAAAUAACCUGCACCGACGCAGCCUUGGCCUGUCACUUUCAGGCAAUUUUGCACUUUUAAGGACUACUCUCCCCCUCGUGUUCUUCUUAAGGACCGGUUCCUGUCGUCUUCUGGAAGGAACAUCCCCUAGUUGAGGUUGUGAUCCUCAAAACAAGGGUUUACUACAGGCUAAAGGAUGAAGCUGAAGAAACAGGUGACCGUGUGCGGCGGGGCUAUAUUCUGUGUGGCUGUCUUCUCGCUCUACCUGAUGCUGGACAGAGUCCAGCAUGACCCUGCAAGAAGACAAAAUGGCGGGAACUUCCCACGGAGCCAGAUCUCAGUUCUGCAGAACCGCAUAGAGCAGCUGGAGCAGCUCCUGGAGGAGAACCAUCAGAUCAUCAGCCACAUCAAGGACUCUGUGCUGGAGCUCACGGACACGGGGGCCGUGUCUCCCAGCGGCCAGCUGCCCUUCCGCAGCGCCAACGGCUCCUGGAUCCUGCCGUUCGAUGGACGCCCCACCUUCCUGUCCGUCAAGCCCCAGGACUGCCAGUUUGCCGUGGGCAGCCGAAGGCAAACAGACCUGCAGAUGCUGGACGUGUAUUCCCUGCUGAAGUUUGACAACCUGGAUGGGGGAGUGUGGAAGCAGGGCUUUGAGAUCACCUAUGAGCCUGGGGAAUGGGACAAUGAGCCUCUACAAGUGUUUGUCGUCCCCCACUCCCAUAACGACCCAGGCUGGAUCAAGACAUUUGAUAAGUACUACACAGACCAGACUCAGCACAUCUUCAACAACAUGCUGGUGAAGCUGGCGGAAGACCCCCGGAGGAAGUUCAUCUGGACAGAGAUCUCCUUCCUGUCCAAAUGGUGGGACAGCGUGGACAUGCACAAGCAGCAGGCCAUGCACAAGCUAAUCCUGGACGGCCAGCUAGAGAUUGUGACUGGAGGCUGGGUGAUGACCGAUGAGGCCAAUGCUCACUACUUUGCCAUGAUCGACCAGCUCAUUGAAGGCCACCAGUGGCUGGAAAAGAACCUAGGUGUGACCCCUCAGUCAGGGUGGGCGGUUGACCCCUUCGGGCACAGUGCCACCAUGCCCUACCUCCUGAAGAGGGCCAACUUGACCAGCAUGCUCAUCCAGAGGGUGCACUACUCCAUCAAGAAACACUUUGCCUCGAGCCGCAGUCUGGAGUUCAUGUGGAGGCAGGCGUGGGACCCUGCAUCCGGCACGGAUAUCUUCUGCCACAUGAUGCCUUUCUACAGCUAUGAUGUGCCCCACACCUGCGGACCAGACCCCAAAAUCUGCUGCCAGUUUGACUUCAAAAGACUGCCGGGGGGCAGGGUCAAUUGCCCCUGGAAGGUGCCCCCCCGGGCGGUGGUGGAGGCCAAUGUAGCAGAGAGGGCUCACCUUCUCUUGGACCAGUACCGCAAGAAGUCCAAGCUGUUCCGCAGCAAAGUGGUUCUGGUUCCGCUGGGAGAUGACUUCCGCUACGACAAGGCUCUGGAGUGGGACCAGCAGUACCUCAACUACCAGAAACUCUUUGACUACAUGAACUCCCAUCCUGAGAUGCACGUACAGGCCCAGUUUGGGACUCUGACGGACUACUUCAACGCCGUUUACAAAGCCAACAACGUGGCGCAGGGCGCCAGGCCUCCGGACUACCCGGUGCUGAGCGGAGACUUCUUUGCCUACGCGGACCGCGAGGACCACUACUGGAGCGGCUACUACACCUCCCGGCCCUUCUACAAGAACCUGGACCGAGUCCUGGAGUCCCACCUGAGGGGGGCAGAGAUCCUGUUCAGCCUGGCAGUGGCCCAUGCCAGACACGUGGGCAUGGAGGGGCGUUACCCCACCUCAGACUACGCCCUGCUCGCCGACGCCAGGCGCACCGUCGCCCUCUUCCAGCACCACGACGCCAUUACGGGCACUGCCAAGGAGAACGUUGUCCUCGACUACGGCACCCGGCUGCUGCGCUCUCUCAUUGGACUGAAGAAAGUGAUCAUCAAUGCCGCCCACUUCCUGGUGAUGAAGAACAAGGACAUCUAUCGCUUCUACCAGGGAGAGCCCUUCCUGGAGACGGAUGACAGACGAGCCACUCAGGACUCUCUGCCUCAGCGGACUCUCAUUGAGCUGGACCCAGCUGGACCCAGGUACGUGGUCCUGUUCAACCCGGUGGAGCAGGAGAGGCUGUGUGUGGUCACCGUUCUGGUCAACACGGUCCGUGUGCGCGUUCUCACCGAGGACGGACAGACCCUCCCCGUACAGCUCAGCGGUCAGUGGAGCACCCCCACUCAGAUGAGUGCAGAGGUCUUCCAGGCGUCCUUCAUGGUGCGUGUGCCCGCUCUGGGCCUGGCCGUCUUCCACCUGUACGACUCCGCCGACUCUCCCAUGACCCUGCGCUCGGAGACCCUGCUGAGGCUGAGUGGCCGUGGCGGGCAGACGGCCCGGGCCAGCGACCCCCUGCCCCUGCGCUCGCAGCCAGCAGACCCCCAGCCCUUCUUCAUCAGCAGCCAGGCGCUCACCCUGGGCUUCUCGGGCUCCACGGGCCUGCUGGAGAGUGUCCGGCUAAAGGAUGACCCUCAGGAGGUCAAAGUUCAGAUGCAGUUCGUGACAUACGGCACUCGACCCUCCAAGGACAAGAGUGGGGCGUACCUCUUCCUGCCCGACGGAAAAGCUAAGGCCUACAGUCAGAGGGAGCCCCCUGUGGUGCGCGUGGUGGAGGGGCCUCUGUUCUCCGAGGUGGUCACGCACCACCAGCACUUUGAGCAGACCGUACGCAUACACAACGUGCCCGGGGUGGACGGUCUCUCUGUGGACAUGACCACCAUGGUGGACAUCAGAGACCAGGCCAACAAGGAGCUGGCCAUGCGUCUGGUCACCGACAUUCAGAGCGGCGAUACCUUCUUCACCGACCUCAACGGCUUCCAGAUGCAGCCUCGCCGCCACUUCCUCAAGCUUCCGCUGCAGGCUAACUUCUACCCCAUGCCCACCCAGGCCUUCAUCCAGGACGGCCAGCACAGGCUCAGCCUGCACACGGCCCAGGCCCUGGGCGCCAGCAGCCUGGACAACGGCCAGUUGGAGGUGAUUCUGGACCGCAGGCUGAUGCAGGAUGAUAACCGUGGCCUGGGCCAGGGCCUGAAGGACAACAAGAAGACGGCCAACCGCUUCCGGCUCCUUCUGGAGAGGAGGUCACUUGGCAAUAAGCGUUCUGGCUUCUUUGCCAAACUCUUCUCCAAGUUAUACUCUUUCAUCGCCUUCAUCUUGAGAGGCGGAGCUCAAGAGGUGGUGGACAGUGGGCCGACCUGCUUUCCGUCUCUGCUCAGUCACAUGACCUCCGCCAUCUUGAACCACGAGGUGUUGGGGCUACCCGUCCUGCCCAAGAAGAGGGGCGUGCCCCCCCUGCAGACCUUCUCCCCCCUGAGGAGCCCCCUCCCCUGUGACUUCCACCUGCUCAACCUGCGCAGUAUCCAGGGACAGGAUGUCCGUUCCCCGUCUCCCUACACUGCCCUCAUCUUGCAUCGGAAAGGUCUGGACUGUGGGCUGGAGGCUCCUAACCCAGGCUUUAACUGCACGACUACCCAGGGACAGCUGAGUGUGUUGGGCCUCUUCCGUAACGUGGAUGUCCAGCUGCUCCAGCCCAUGUCCCUGUCCCUGAUGUACCCUGGGACGCCCCUGGCCAACGACUCCCUCAUCAGCCUGGAGCCCAUGGAGAUCUCCACCUUCAAGCUCAAACUGCGCUAGGCCCCGGCCCGCACACCCCCCGCCACCUCACCAGCCAGACCCAGACCCCCCCCCCCCCCCCCCCCCCCCCCCAGGCUGGGGUCUCCUGGUUGUGAACAGACUGCCCCGCCACCUCGAGGAGUGGCUGUUUCUCUAGGGCUUCCUGUUUGUUUAUGCGUGGGUGGGUGUGUGCGUAGCACACGCAUACGGCACACACGCUGACAUGAACCAACGCUCACGCGCUACAACCUGGAGGAGCAGAUUUCUGUAGUGACACUACUGCUAACUGCAGAGGGCAGCAGAGUGCUGUUGCCGCCACAGUAGUGGCCUAUAAGCUUAGAUGGAUCUUGACACCUGGAUGGAUUUUUUUUUUUCUUUUUCAAAACGACUUUGUUUAUCGCAGAACAGGCAGUAGUGGUUGUCUGCUUAUGCAUCGUCAUGGCAAUGCUUACUUUGUUUGAUUUAAUUUUGGGGGGGUCCUUCAAAAGAACAUAUUUCUAUUCUACUUGUCCCAUCCUGGAGUCAUGUCUGAAUGUAAAUAUCACAGGAACAGGAACAGGGACUGGGGAAUAAUACUGCAAAAGAGUGCAAUUUCUAGAGCUUUUAUUUGUUGUAUCUCGUGUGUUUCUCUUUCUACUGAGAAGAACCUCCCCUUACGGACUGUGAGGGGGGGGGGGGUUGACCAGAACAUCUUUUUAUACCUGUGUUGUCUGAGCAACUGCAUCGACCGACUGAAUGCUGCAGGGCUACUGGACCAGUGUGAAUGUCUGCUGGUGGAGACGCCCGGCCUCUGGCUCUGUCAAGCUACUGUGUGGCAGCGAUGGCAGGAAGAAGAAAAUAAAAUAAAAAAACUGUCCACUUAAACGAUCACCAUUCACCAAGGAACUCUCAUGGUCCUCAUCUGUGCUCAUAUCUCAUGUAUGGGCGACUGCAUCUCUUUCGACGACACUUCCCCCUUGGCCAGAUAUUGGCUUUUAAGAGACACUUGUGUUUCCGGAAGGUUCUCUACGCCAUCGCGGUCUGACAGCCUGGCUGGGCUUGAGAGGAGCUGCUACAGAGACUGUUCUUUGUUCCGUUUUAUUGAAAUAAUCCCAAGCCAUUCCUGUUCUUCUGUUCCCCGUGUGUGUGUCGUCCAUCCCUGGAAGAGUGGUGUUGUGUACUAUACUGUACGCAGUAGAAGAUACGACUGAUUAUACCUCAUAUUUAACAUAUGACAAUUAUUGCUAUUUAUAGUAUAUUGACGUGGAGACUUCUGUGAAGAUAUGUAGUGUGAAUGGUGCGCAUCACGGGGAGGGUGGGGGGUGGGUGGUUGGAAGAAUAAUCAUGGAGGGGGGGGGGAUCAUGGAUCCUGGGGUCAAGGGUUAGGGAUGGGUCAGUCUGAGGUCGCCUCUCAGUCGUUCUAGCAGAAGACAUCUGUCUUUGGAGCUGUUCUCCAACCCUCAUUAGUUGACUGCAUUUGCCACAUGAACUAGCAGAGUUGCGAUGACCCCUUCAUAAAGAUGGGGGGGGGGGGGGGGGGGGUGUAACGGCUGACGAAUCCUUUUUAUACAUCCGUUUUCAUAUCAUCCCCAUGCGGUGCUCCUCCCGAGAGCAGCGUGGUCGCUCUCCCUGGUUCAUAUCUGCCUGUGGUAGAGUCGAAAUGACAGUUCCCCCCGCCAGCGUAGGGGGCCCCCGUGCCUACGCCGCCGCCAGCCCGACUCAUCCUGACCUCGGCCGCCCUCCUCUCCUGUCCCACUGUGUCGGCGCCGCGCAGCCCCCAUCCGUCACCUCGCCGUCACGUAUUCCGUUGGUCAUUGCGACUCGCUUCUGCUCGGCGCUGCUCUGCUCUUCUCGAGGUCCUUUCUCGCCCCGGCGAGGUCGGCCGCGGACCAGGGUGCGACCGCACCUCCAGCACUUUGUUAUAUUGCACUCCUCCCCUCUGUAUCUCACGCCGCCCCUUCCUCCUUUGCCGUCUGUGCGCCUGUCUGAAUCCCUCUGUAUUUCUGUCUUCUGUUUGUGAAAUUGUAGGUCUAUUCUGCUUUGUUUUUUUCUUUUUUUUUUGUGACAUGGAUUUUCUGAAGUGAGGGAUUCUUUGUUCUCUACUUGUUUCUCUGUUGGUGUCUGGAUUAAGGAUGCAUAGCAGUUGAGAUGUAGAGGAAAUAAAAGAUCAAACAGUA